CGAUCAUCAUCAUCUUCUUCAGAGCAGGCAGGCAGAUAUAUGCACGCCGGCAUGUGACAUCUUCUACGUCGUCUUUUAUGGUAUUUCCUAUCGCCUUCCGACAGCACCUCGAGCUUUUGAUGCUCGGUUUUAGCUCGGUUGAAGCACACGUGGUGAGUAAUAAUGCCCGUUGCCGACAACGCGAACCAGCCCAGUUGGGCUGACCGGGUCGAGCAGGGCGAAGACGUUCCGCUGCCGUCCCUACCUGCGCAAGUCGAAGCCUCGGACGGGGAAGAGAAGGUCACUACCGAGUUUCGCGAAGAUGAGGAAGGCAGGAGGGUUAAGGUGCUGCGGCACUACAAAAUUGAAAGAAGGCAAGUUUCCAAGUCUGUGGCACGAAGAAAACUUUGGAAGAAAUUUGGUGCUGCGAAGAAUGACCCGCCGGGCCCCAACGCCGCCACUACGGUGGUGGGCGAAGAAAUCCAGAUGCAGUUUGUGAGUGCCCAGGAGGAAGAGACUAGCCCCGAGGAGGACAUGCUGGCCAAGUUACGCAGCCAGAAGACCAAGAUGGUCAAAUGCCGAAUCUGCAAGGAAGACCACUGGACUACGCAGUGCCCCUUUAAGGAUAAGGUUGCCCUGCCCGAACACCUCAAGGAGGAGGCCAAGCCUGUUGCAGCCGCCGAGGUUGAGGAGAAGGUGAAGUCCGGCAAAUACAUCCCGCCGAGCAUGCGAGAGGGUGCUAACCGUCGCGGAGAGUCGAUGGCGCAGUCGCGCACCAGGGACGAGGCGGCCACUAUCCGAGUGACCAACCUGUCUGAAGACGUGCGUGACUCUGACCUGCAGGAGUUGUUCCGGCCCUUCGGGCAGAUUGCCAGGAUCUAUCUGGCUAAGGACAAGGUGACUGGACAGUCCAAGGGAUUCGCAUUUAUCAACUUUGUACAUCGCGAAGACGCUGCCCGAGCCAUUGCCAAUGUCAACGGCUUUGGUUAUGACAACCUGAUCCUCUCUGUGGAAUGGGCGAAGCCAUCUGGAACUGCUUGAAGACACCAGCAGUAAACGAUGAAGUCUCCAGGGACUAUUAGUUAAUGUAAAGGAAUUAAAAGGCCAUGUGACUGUU